UGAAGCUGUAUGGCCGCGACGGCCGCCCGUGUUGUGGUUUUGCUUGACCGUGACACAAUGUCGUUCAGUGGCGAAAACGUCAAACUCGCGUAAUGUUUUCAGACCCACAAACGGAGCAUGGUCGUAUGUAGACCCGGUCGUUGGCUAAAAGUGGCACACUCGGCAAGGUAACGUAGCGUUCGGCGCGUCGGCUGUCACUCACGGUGUUGGAAAAUGCUGCAGGUGGGAGAUGAGGUCCCUCUCUAUUCGGUCGUGUUCUUGCUGGUUCUGCUGGGGACCAGGAGUCCCGUGUGGUCCACCACCCUCACCUUUGCUGUCUACCUCUUCAUGACGAUCUUCCAGUUCCCUCAAGUCCCCGCCGGCCGGGCCCGACAGGUGCUGCAUUUCGCUAAGGGUGUCGUUGGCUCCGGCGGGGGGUCGGUGGUCGCCCACCGGGGAGGGGGGCACGACGCACCGGAGAACACCAUGGCCGCUAUCCGGGAGGCCAGUAAGAAUGGGGCAGCAGGUGUGGAGUUGGACCUUGAGUUCUCAUCGGACGGAGUCCCCAUAUUGAUGCACGAUGAGACUGUGGACCGGACCACCAAUGGGUCGGGGCCGCUCAGCAAGAUGACCUUCUCUGAGUUAAGAAAACUGGAUGCCGCUGCCAAACAUCGACUCAGAGACAGAUUCGCCGGGGAGAAGAUCCCCACUCUCGAGGAGGCUGUGGAGGAAUGCAUCAAACUCCAGCUCAUCAUCUACUUCGAUGUCAAAGGUCAUCCAGACCAGGCUGCGGCAGCCCUUAAAAACUUGUAUAAGAAACAUGCGGUUCUCUACAACUCCAGCAUCGUCUGCUCCUUCGAGCCCAAAGUCAUCUACAGGAUGAGGCAGGCUGACCCGCAGGUGGUCACGGCUCUGACCCACCGGCCGUGGAGCCUGAGUCGGUUCGGAGACGGCAUGCCGCGCUUCUCGUCACCCUGGAAACACCACUGGAUGACGCUGUUGGAUGUGCUGUUAGACUGGGCGCACCAUCACGUGCUGUGGAAGCUGUGUGGCAUUUCAGCCUUCCUGGUCCAGAAGAACUUUGUUUCGCUGGACUACGUCCAGUACUGGGCCAACAGAGGGGUGCAGGUGGUGGCCUGGACGGUCAACAGCGCAGUGGAAAAACAGCACUACCAGGAGCUGCUGCAGGUCAACUACAUCACCGACAGCCUUGUGGAGGACUGCGACCCCCAUUACUGAUGUCAGCAUGCGCCCGCUAUGCACACUCACAUACUCGAACCCACAAACGAGGGAAGAGACUUGGCCCAUAUCAGUUGAACAUUUGACCAGCUACUCGCGUAGUCAGCGUAAUGUCAGGUAAUAUAUAUCGUAGCGUUUUUACCCCAAACACCGUACAGUCCUUGCUCGUAUAUUUUUUUGUUUUUUUUUAAUGGGCGGUCUAAGUGGGAAUCAAAAGGCACGGAAUUUGCUCUGACUGACCCACUUUCAGCAUGCAUCAUCAUA